CCAGGAGCCGCUGUCCCGGCGGCAUUACCUACAAAACCUGCGGGUCGUCGUCGUAGCCGUGCUCCUCGUCAUUUUUAGUUGAGUCCCCGAGAGAGAUUACCACAGCCCGGCAGGCUCGGAAGUCAACGCUCGAAGAUGCGGCUGUUUCUACUGCUGCUGCUGGUAGCUCUAGCAGUGGGUGCUUAUCAAAAGGUUGACCAAAAUGAGAGGCUGGACCAAGGCGCCCCAGACUUGACUGCCGAAGACAUAGCUCUUGACAGGCACGAGAGGGAAGUCAAAACGGACAAACGAAACGUGGAGAAAGAGCAGGCAAACAAUAAGCCAAGGUUAACGGUGAAGGGAGCUAAAUACGCGAAGAACGGAAUCGGUGACAAGAAAAGCGAAAGAGGAGAGAAAGAGAGAACUCCAAAGCAAGGGAAAAAGAUGAACAAGAUAAAGAAAAUGCAAGAGAAAGAGCGAGAAGAAUCUGAGCCGAGGGGAGGGGGGAAAAGGACACAAAGGCAAAAUUCAAAUGCCAACAAACGGACACAACAGAGGAAAUUCAACAGGCAGAAAGGACAGAAAAAGCAUAGUAAAGAGGACAAGGAGAGCGAGGAGGUUAAAAAGCCCUCGAGAAAUAAGAAUACGAAGAAAUACGAGAAGAAAAAUAAUGAUAAGAGAGACAAGGAUGAUGGAGAUAAGAAAGAGGUAAAAAGAGGCAACGGAGCAAAGAACGAUAAAGUUGAGGAUAAUGGCAAGAGAAAUAGGAAAUCCAAGAAAGACCAAAACAUGAAAUAUAGUAAAGGCGAGAAGCGAAGGGGAGAUCAAAACAAGGAUAGGAAAAAUAUGAACAAGGAUGAGAAAAAUCAAAACAAGGAUAGAAAAAGUCAAAAGAAGGAUAAGAAAAAUAUGAACAAGGAUGAGAAAAAUCAAAACAAGGAUAGAAAGAGUCAAAAGAAGGAUAAGAAAAAUAUGAACAAAGAUGAGAAAAAACAAAACAAGGAUGAUAAAAAUGAAAACAAGGACAGAAAAAAUCAAAACAAGGAUAGAAAAAAUAUGAGCAAGGAUAGGAGAAAUCAAAACAAACUAAAGAAAGUAAGCGAAGAGAUUCGAGGAAAGGACGCCAAAGAGGAAAAGAAACCUGAAAAGAAUGUCAUUAAGAACCGAAACCUUAAUGAAAAGAAUCCUGGGAAGUCCCCCCGACAACCAAGUGUUUCGCAGAAAAUGGAACUCGGCUUAAGGAACACGGGGAAUAUUGACAUGCAAGAAGUAUGCGAUGGGAAAAUCGUCCUAGGAUACGGGGAAUCUAUUGUUAUCUUCACCGACAAUAACCGCCAGCAGGAGAAAUGCAAAAACAAGAUUAAAACUCCUAAAGGCACCGAGAUUGGUUUCUUCUGCCCAUCCUUUAACCUGAACAGCAAAGGGUGUAAGAGGGAGCGCCUGAAGUUCCGUGGCAAAGUCAACGGCAAGAAGCAAACUAAAAAGUACUGCAAACAAGAUGCCCCAGAUGACGUCAUCGUCUCCACUAAUAAAUUGACCAUGGAAUUCAGACGAAAGGAAUUUAAGUCAAAUGAGUUCUCUGGCGGAUUCUUAUGUGAAAUCUACACUGUAGGAGAUGCUCCAACAACAGUUGCUCCACCGACUUCAGCUCCUCCGUCACCAACUACAGCUCCACCUCCUUCAUCAACUGCAGCUCCACCUCCAUCACCAACUACAGCUCCUCCAUCACCAACUACAGCUCCUCCAUCACCAACUACAGCUCCUCCAUCACCAACUACAGCUCCUCCAUCACCAACUACAGCUCCUCCAGGAACGACCACUUGCGGUAUCACCAGAGCAUACUGUGCUGGUUGCGGGGUAGCACCCAUUUCCGUCGGGAGCACGAGGAUUGUCAACGGAACGGAGGCAUCAGCGGGCGAGUACCCUUACCAGGUGGCGGUGAUACCCACCAUCGCCAGCAGUCAGUAUCAGUGUGGGGGGUCGAUCAUUAAGGAGAGGUGGAUUCUUACUGCUGCCCAUUGCUUCUACGACAAUAGCAACAACAAGGCGACAAGUGUCGACAUUGUUUACGGUACCAUCAAUAUCAACGGCGGCACAACCGUGACGGCUUCGAGGUUCAUCGACCAUCCAAGUUACGACAGGAUUACUCAGGCCAACGACAUCGCGCUGGUGGAACUGCCGCAACCCCUGAGUUAUGCGACCGACCCCAGUAUCCAACCGAUCUGCAUGGGACUAGAAGAGGACAUACCGUACGGAGGCAAGGCGGUGGCAUCGGGAUGGGGAGCACUGUCGUUUGUUCUCGCCGAAAGCAACAAGGCGACAAGUGUCGACAUUGUUUACGGUACCAUCAAUAUCAACGGCGGCACAACCGUGACGGCUUCGAGGUUCAUCGACCAUCCAAGUUACGACAGGAUUACUCAGGCCAACGACAUCGCGCUGGUGGAACUGCCGCAACCCCUGAGUUAUGCGACCGACCCCAGUAUCCAACCGAUCUGCAUGGGACUAGAAGAGGACAUACCGUACGGAGGCAAGGCGGUGGCAUCGGGAUGGGGAGCACUGUCGUUUGGUGGGUCAUCACCUAGCGUUCUGAGGGAAGUAGAGUUAGAUAUCAUCACAAUAAACGAGUGCCAGCAGAAGGCUUCUUUACCACCAGACACAAACUCAGUUGUAUGUGCUCUGACUCUCUAUAAGGAUACCUGUCAGGGUGACAGCGGUGGUCCUCUUGUUGCGAAACUUUGCGACGGCACCUGGGCUCAAAUUGGAAUUGUCAGCUAUGGUUUCCAGUGUGCCGUCCCAGACAACCCUGGUGUGUACACCCGUGUGUCUGCUUUCGCUAACUGGAUCUCAGAGAACACUGGAGGCAGCAGCUGUAGUUCUACCCUGACACUUAGCGCAGAGCUUGAUAACCGUGCAAAAGAGAGGGAAGCAGUGAACGAAGCGAAAAAUGAAGUAGUUAGAAUUGGACAAGAACUAGAUGGACUUGAAACUACGCUGAACGCUGCCAGUGGAAGACGCCGUAGACGUAGAAAUCUCAGUCUGCUGCAGGAAUUGCAAACUGCACUAACUAACUCGGACAUCAUUAUGUUAAGCAGGGACGUCCAGAGAAUUAACUCCCUAUCAAAAGAACUGACAACUCUCAGAAACAGACUUGUUAUAUUCACUGCAGAAGUUGCUGCAAAUGCAUCGGGACUCGAUGUAACAGCGUUGUUGGGCAGUGUUGUAAGUGCUAAGCAAACGGCUCAAAAUGUUACUGAGGUGGCUCGGCAAGAACUAGCAGUUCUUGAGGAUGAAAUUAACAUUAUUGUUGUGGAAUUUCAAAACAGCGGUAGCACCGUCCCACCUUUGCCAUCUCUCGAGCCUGAACCUACUAUCAAGCCAACUGCAUCUCCCACAACUCCACCUGCUACAAACCCACCUUUAACAACGCCACCUACUACAGCUCCACCAUUGACAACUCCACCUCCAACAAAUCCACCUCCGACAACUCCACCUCCAACAAAUCCACCUCCGACAACUCCACCUCCAACAACUCCACCUCCAACAACUCCACCUCCAACAACUCCACCUCCAACAACUCCACCUCCAACAACUCCACCUCCAACAACUCCACUUCCAACAACUCCACCUCCAACGACUCCAACAACUCCACUUCCAACAACUACGGCAUGUUCCGUAACAAGAAAAUAUUGCGAGGACUGCGGCGUGGCAACUGUCAGCGUUGCCGACUCGAGGAUCGUUGGCGGCGCUGACGCAUCGUCCGGGGAAUUCCCUUGGCAAGUCGGACUCGCGACCGAAUUUCCGAGUGAGUCAAGUGGGUGUGGGGGAUCUCUUAUCAAGAGCAAUUGGGUCCUGUCGGCUGCCCACUGCUUCUUUGAUGACAAUGGAGUUGCGGCGACCUCGGUGGUGGUUCAGUACGGAUCAACAAAUCUUGCAACUGCAACAGAAGUCACAGCAGUCAGAUACAUUACACAUGAGAAUUACAAUGCUUCGUCUUACCUGCAUGACAUCGCUCUGGUUGAGCUUCCCCAAGCUCUCGACUACGCGAAUAACCCCAACGUUCAACCAAUAUGCCUGGGAGAGGAGGAGGACUUUAACUUCGGAGGCAAAGUGGUAGCGACAGGAUGGGGCGCACUCAGUUAUGACACAAAGGAAAGCCCAGACAUCCUUCAGGAGGUGAUGCUGGACCUGAUCACGACAGAGCAGUGUAAGACGAUGGAGGACCUUCCUUCGGACACCUCCGUUAUCUGUGCCCUCACUCCUAACAAGGACACGUGUUCGGGUGACAGCGGCGGCCCCCUCGUCACCCAGCUGUGCGACGGCCGGUGGGCGCAGCUGGGGAUAGUCAGCUAUGGUUUCGAGUGCGCCCGACCCUCGAAACCCGGAGUGUACACCAAAGUGUCUGCUUAUUUCGACUGGAUCGAGACCAACUCGGGUGAUGCUCCAACAACAGUUGCUCCACCGACUUCAGCUCCUCCGUCACCAACUACAGCUCCACCUCCUUCAUCAACUGCAGCUCCACCUCCAUCAUCAACUGUAGCUCCACCUUCAUCACCAACUACUCCACCUCCAUCACCAACAACAGCACCACCAUCUCCAACAACAGUACCACCAUCACCAACUACAGCUCCUCCAUCACCAACCACAGCUCCUCCAUCACCAACUACAUCUCCUCCAUCAACAACUACAGCUCCUCCAUCACCAACUACAGCUCCUCCAUCACCAACCACAGCUCCUCCAUCACCAACUACAGCUCCUCCAUCACCAACCACAGCUCCUCCAUCAACAACUACAGCUCCUCCAGGAACGACCACUUGCGGUAUCACCAGAGCAUACUGUACGGGUUGCGGGGUAGCACCCAUUUCCGUCGGGAGCACGAGGAUUGUCAACGGAACGGAGGCAUCAGCGGGCGAGUACCCUUACCAGGUAGCGGUGAUAUCCACCAUCGCCGGUAGUCAGUAUCGGUGUGGGGGGUCGAUCAUUAAGGAGAGGUGGAUUCUUACUGCUGCCCAUUGCUUCUACGACAAUAGCAACAACAAGGCGACAAGUGUCGACAUUGUUUACGGUACCAUCAAUAUCAACGGCGGCACAACCGUGACGGCUUCGAGGUUCAUCGACCAUCCAAGUUACGACAGGAUUACUCAGGUAAGCAUCAUG